CACCAAAAUCAAUAGAAUGGAGAAGAAAGCAUCAAGUUCUUCAAUGGGAAUGGGAAUGGGAAUGGGAAUGGGAAUGGGUAUGAUCUGGUGCUUCCUUGUGUAUAUAGCAAUAUCUACAACCACUUGUUCUGCUGCACCAAAAUCUUCAUUUGAUGAUAACUUCAGCAUCAUGUGGUCCGAGAAUCAUUUCAAAACCUCUGAAGAUGGUCAGAUCUGGGAUCUUUCCCUGGACAACGAUACAGGUUGUGGGUUUAAAACAAAGCAGAAAUACCGAUUCGGGUGGUUCAGUAUGAAGUUGAAGUUGGUCGGAGGCGAUUCCGCCGGAGUCGUCACUGCUUAUUACAUGUGUACGGAGGAUGGGGCAGGACCGACAAGAGAUGAGCUCGACUUCGAGUUCUUGGGGAACAGAAGUGGCGAACCGUAUCUCAUCCAGACCAAUAUCUACAAGAAUGGGACCGGAAACAGAGAGAUGAGACACCAGCUCUGGUUCGAUCCCACUCUUGAUUACCACACAUAUUCCAUCUUAUGGAAUUCCCAUCAAAUCAUAUUCUUUGUCGAUAGAGUUCCCGUGAGAGUGUUCAAGAACGCCGACUACGAAAACGACUUCUUCCCGAAUCAAAAACCGAUGUACUUGUUCUCGAGCAUAUGGAAUGCAGACGACUGGGCCACACGAGGUGGUCUUGAGAAGACCGAUUGGAAAAAGGCGCCGUUUGUUUCUUCGUAUAAAGAUUUUACAGUCGACGCGUGUCAGUGGAAAGACCCGUAUCCCGACUGCGUUUCAACCACGACCGAACAUUGGUGGGACCAGUACGACGCGUGGCAUCUUACGAAAGACCAGAAAUUGGAUUUUGCUUGGGUUGAGAGAAACUUGGUGAUAUAUGAUUAUUGCAAGGAUACCAAGAGGUUUCCUAAAUUGCCUGAAGAAUGCUCAUUGAGUCCAUGGGACUAAGAUGAUCCCAUUUUUGGAGUUCGUAAUGUAAUAUUUGGUUUGAU